AUGGAUAUAUGUCCGUGGUUAUUGAGGGUUUUUGUGCUGGUGAUAUUGGUUAGUGUACAAGGUGGUCGGUAUGAUUGGAUGGGAUAUGAUAAAUUCGAUGAAAUGGAGGAAAUUUAUAACUCGGUAGAUGAUCAGAACUGUAGAUCAAAGAGUAAGGCUGAAAUGGUGAUGAGGGAAGAUUUGGUGACCCAGAUACCCUUUUAUAAUAACUUACUGAACCGAGUUUGGUAUCGGAACAGAACUUCCCUUAUACAUCUUCAUAAUAUGGCUUUAAAUCGAGCAUUCUUCUUCAGUUAUAUUCUUCAAAAAAUGAAUUCUACAAACGAUUUUUCGUUACAACCUAACUGGUUAUAUAUGUAUUUUUCCGUAGCCGCAGACGUAAACGCAAAUCCAACUGGAAUAAACGCUAGUGCUAUAAUAUUCGAUUUCAAUUGUACAUAUCCCAACUGGUACAGUAACCUUCCAUUUAAUAACACUCUCCAUUUAUUUGGACCUAAAGCCUACCGAUGGGAUGAUUAUCAGGAUCAGGAUAACUUUCUCCGAGAACCGACCCGGAAUGUCGCAGCCGUAACGGAUUUGGGAGCUGGAAACGGUAAAAAUUAUACGUUAGCGAGCUAUAAAAUGAAUCCAUGGUACAGUAAUUGGCUACCGGAUUUAACAGCUGAGAAGGAUUCCGUGACUAAGUUUACAUAUAGUGUUGGUGUCCGAUAUUCAAACGUUUCCGGACAGUUUACGGAGGAUAAUUACAUCGCACAUCCGUUUUUCGGACCACCUCUUCCCGGACAAAACGAAAAGGAUAUCAAAAUGUUUCCUGUGACCUAUACGAAACCUUAUUUUGAUUGUGGCGUUCAGGGGAAAUGGAUGUUUAGUGCCACUAGUCCAAUAAUUGAUUAUAUGCCCAGAUAUUCUAAUUGGACACACAUGCGAAGACCAAGAACUGUUGGUGUGAUUGUGAUGGAUAUAGAUUGGGAUAUGAUAGAUUUUAAUUCCUGUGAUCCUGGAACAGGAAACCCAGGUCCUAGUUAUCUCUCUGGUAUACAUAGAUGUAAAACUGGAACCACUUGCAAGAAUAAAAUAGGAUAUGGGUUUAUGAGAGGCGGGUAUGUUUGUGCCUGUAAACCUGGUAGAAGAUAUCCAGUGUGGAUUGACCCUCCUUUCCAAGGUGAACAUAUCGAACAGGCUACAGAUACAGAGUACAAGACAGGAUUCUCCUGCAGUGAAGUUCAACUAAAAAUACAAGUUCCUCCACCCCCUCCAAAACCAGAACCAAAACCUAAAAAACAAAUUACAGCAUCUCAGAGACUGAAAUUCCAUACCCGUCGCAAGAGAUCAGUAACAUAUGACUAUGCAGCGUUUGAAAAAAUGUUACGAAUCUUGAGACAAAAAGACUCAGUUACUCCUGAAAAUUGCAAGGACUUGCCAGACAAUACCUUGUCCUUCCCAGGAAGUGUAGCUUAUGGCGUGGACACACAGUUUGAAGUAGAGGCAAGAACUGCUCUCCGACUUGCCCACUUUCUGAGCAAUUUUCUCCAAAAUACAGACGUUGACGAAAAUUACGGAAAUUUACGAGGUGGUGGCAGGUUACAUAAAGAUCAUCUAUUUGGAGAAGUUAUUGCCAAUGUUAUGGGAAACCCUAAAAUUUUAUCCAGUGGACUUUUCUAUGAUAGGAAUCAAUUUUAUAAUAUAGAUGGUACCGUUAAGGAGUACUUCGGACCGUUAGCCUUCAGAAAGAAUGGUGCUUACAAUGCUAUUGACAGUGCUGGGUUGGACAAACCUUAUGUUGAUGAGGAUUGGUUUGCAGUUGUCAAAUCAAGAUGGUUGACAAACAUUGCUGGACUGAAAACCUACAAGGUUCGACCCCAUAUCAGAUCGAAUCCAGAAGGUGACAGCAGAAUCAGAUUCGAACAUUUCCCACUGAGGUAUAAAGCACCGGAAUAUAAGGAUGGUUAUUGGACUAACCCUAGAUUUAAAUGUGAUGGUCGUGUUGACCGCUGGAUAGUCACUUAUGUAAUUCCAUUCUUUGGCUGGGAUGGGGUUAAAAGGAAGAUACAAUUCAAGGGAGUUGUAACAGUAGAUGUACCUUUAGAUUUGAUAGAGAUCAACCAAUGUCCACAACCAUUCCAUGUAGCCAAUGCUUUUAAAAAUACUGCGCGAUGUGACCAGGAUUCCACAAAGUGUCGACCAAUGGCUGGCUUUAAAUUUGCCCGAGGUGCCUACAGAUGUGAUUGUAAAGAGGGUUUUGAAUAUAUGCAUAAAGAUAAUAAAUUCUGGAUUGAAGGAUCGCUGAUAGAAUUGGAAUACGAAAAGAAGAGAAUGGGUUUAUUCAGCAAGUUUGAUGAUAUGCGGUGUCGAAUUGCAGGAGGUGACAGAGCGACCUCGACAGUAGUCUUGGUUAUCACAGCAUUAAUAUCGCUUACUUUUAUUUAA